AUGGGCAAGCCAACAAGCAAUUGCGAUAAAUCCGUCAACUCAAACACUCCGAAUCAUCUUGUCCCCUUGACAACCAAGGGCCACCACCAGUCCCUUGAAGCUGGUAAAGCUUUGGCCAAGUUUGUUCACCAUCAAGCCGUGCAGGAUUCAAGCAACAGGCGUAGUCGAAAAACAAUUAUGUUUUACACAUCACCAUAUCGACGUACAAGAGAAACAUGUCAAAACAUCAUAGAAGGUAUCAAGGAUGAACCAGGAAUAGAGUAUAGAGUACAAGAGGAAACGAGAAUGCGUGAACAGGAUUUUGGCAACUUUCAAAAAUCAAAAGAGGAGAUGGAAAAGAUUUGGGAAGAAAGAGCACAUUAUGGCCACUUCUUUUAUCGAAUACCACAUGGGGAAAGUGCUGCUGACGUGUACGACAGGGUCGCUACCUUUAAUGAAACACUUUACCGCCAGUUCAAAUCAGACGACUUUCCCAACAUCUUGGUAUUGGUCAGUCAUGGUAUCUGGUCAAGAGUGUUUCUCAUGAAGUGGUUCAAGUGGACCUAUGAAGAGUUUGAGUCGUUGAAAAACAUUCCUCAUUGCCAAUACAUCAUCAUGAAGAAGAAUCCAAAUACCCAGAAAUAUCACUUAAAGACAAAACUUCGCACGUGGGAGGACACGGAUGACUCGUGGAUGGAGCAUGAAGUCGUCAAGGAGUUUGGAGAUGAGCUUGAGUGUAAAAAUGUGGGUAAAGAGUUGGAUGAUGCUGAAGUUGAUGCUCUUGUGCAGGCUCAAAGAGAAGCCAUCAAUUCUACCAGACCGAAAGACACGAAGAUUGAGGAGACGUAUAAAAGUGUGCGGGCAAGAGGGCUAAUUCGAAACCAAGGCACUAAAUUUGAUAUUGGGAAUCAGAGUGUUGCAAACAGUGUGGAAAGUUUGAUACAAUCGCCUAAAUAG